UGGCGGCGCCCGCGGGUCGCGCCCGCAGAGCCCGCCACAUCGGGAGGCCCCCUCGCAGGCCCUGCCCCUCCCGCCGGGGGGCGCCGACCCGCCGCCCCGGGAUGUGGCGGCGCCCGGCCCGCCGUGCUCUGCCGAGGCCGGCCCCGCGGCCGCACGGGGCUGCGGAGGCCGCCGCCGCAGGAGGCUCUGCUGGCCGGCCCCGCUGCUGCCGGGCUGCUGAGGCCGCCGUCGCAGGAUGCGCCGAUUUCGGAGCUCGACGACCUCCUGCGCGACCCGUCCGAGCUGCCCCAGCGUCGGCGCCGCGGCUCGCCAGCUCCGCGUGUCCGCCGCCGCCGCCGCGGCGCCCGGGGGCAGCUGCAGCGCGGCCCGGUCGUUUCCCGGGUGAGGUUGCCGCGGACGCUUCGUCGGGCGGCGGCUGUCGCUGCGCCGCUGCUUGUGCGGGCGGGGCUGUGCUGCGCGAGCGGGUGCUCUAGCUGA